ACCCUGAGAGUAUUGGAUCCUGCUGGCAUGCUGUGUCGAGGGCUUGGAAUAAACGUUAUUCCAGAAAGAGUGUACUCUGUACCAGCUCCAAAUUCUUUAUGGCACAUUGAUGGAAAUCACAAGUUGAUUCGUUGGAGAAUUGUGAUCCCUGGAGGAAUUGAUGGGUACAGCAGAAAGAUCAUGUACCUCUGUGCCAAUAAUAAUAAUAGAGCCUCCACUGUAUUGAGCGCCUUUCUUGCCGCAGUCCAGCAAUUUGGGAUUCCAACAAAGGUUCGCAGUGACAAAGGAGGGGAGAAUGUUGACGUCGCUCGUUUCAUGCUUGAACAUCCACAGCGGGGACCAGAUAGAACAAGUUUCAUAACCGGACGGAGUGUUCACAAUCAGAGAAUCGAACGACUGUGGAGAGAUGUCUGGUGCUCAGUGACUGUAAACUAUUAUACAGCCUUUCAACAUCUUUACAACUCUGGUGUGUUAAAUGUAGACGACGAGCUAGACCUCAUUUGUCUACAUUAUGUGAUGCUUCCCAAAAUUAACGAACAUUUACAGCUGUUUAAGAAAGCUUGGGAUCGUCAUCGCCUUUUUACAGAGCACGGAAAGUCCCCCCAGCAGUUGUGGAUUGAAGGACAGAUUAUGGGGGCGCAUCCUAUCACUGAACCUGUUUGUGAACAGGGAACUCUGGAGGAUUAUGGCAUUGACUGGGAAGGACCAACACCUGUUGAUCAUGAAGCUGCAGUUGAUGUUCCAGAAAAUCCCAUGCCUCUACAAAACCGAGUAUUUGAACAUCUCCGUGAGAGAAUAGAUCCUCUUCGCCCUAGUACAUGCUUUGGGAUGGAUAUACUAGUGGAAGCCUUGGAAAGUGCUCGAUGAAUAUUCCAUGAUGUGAGGGACCGGGUCGGUCAAGCAUGAGGACACAGAAAGAAUUUUCAAGGAAAAUGGGUUUUAUUUUCCCAAAAUAACAAAAUUCAAACAAUGAUUACAGGGUCCUUAAAAUAGGUCCAAUGAAAAAGGAGGGGGCAUCAGCUGAGUUGCUACUGCUAGUGUCUUCAUGUUCUUUUGAAAAUCCAGUUCAUCCUGUCUUUUAAAGCAUAACUCCUUUUCUGUAUCCAGAGGCGAACACCUGUGAGGUCACUCUGCGCCUCCCCAUCCACCAGACCUAUGACAGCUUUGUGCACUACAUGGAGUCUGGCCUGAUACAGGCUCCAACGUUUGGAUUCCUUUAGAAUCAAACUUGAUGUUUUUGUUUUGUUGUUGUUGUUCUAGUGUGUGACGUCAAAGGUUAGUUUCAUUGACAUCAGUUUAAGUUUGUCUGCGAUAUAAAAUAAAAUAAUGCAUUUUCAGUUAAAAUGAAAAAAAGUUAUUUUCAUGAUUGUCAGUUAUGGUUGCAAAAUGUUUGUAAUUUGUGAGAUGAGCAGUUUUGGUUGUGGAUUUAUUUCAUUAUUUUAAGGAACAUAUUCUUGCAAAUAAAGCCUAUAGUGACUUUCCCCAA